GAUCUCCUGAUUACGAUCGUGAAUGAUCUAUCUCCAGUCUCAUUAUCCACCGCUGAAAAUACUCUCGUCUCCUCCCCUCCCGUCUUCGUCUCUGCUUCCCCACCGGGCCGACGUCCCCUCCGACCCCUUCGUUGUGUCGUGUCGGUCCUUAUCCUCGAGGAGUCAAUCGCCAUCAACAUGUCUCUCCACACUUCCUACCACGCCGACUCCGAUGCCGACGACGAGUACGAGCGCAGCGUCAUCACGUCCCCCCACUUGGCCACCGAUUCCGAGGCGUCUCCCUCCGAAUCCGACUUCCCCUCUUCCGAACAGACUCCAACCACCUUUGCAAAUGCCGAUGAACAUCCUAAAUCCCCCAGAACCAUCAUCACCGAAUGGACAGUCGAAGAGUGCGCCCACUUUCUUGCCGCCCUCGGUCUCCGUCAAUAUUGUCCCGCCUUCCUCGAAAAUGAGAUCGUGGGGGAAGCGCUUAUUGCUCUGAAACAUGAUGAGUUGAAGGAGAUGGGGAUUGCUAGCGUGGGGCAUCGAUUAACUAUUCUCAAGAGUGUCUAUGAAACAAAGGUGAAACAAGAUAUUCCGCUAGAUGCAGACCAUUAUAUUCCUCUCUCGGCGGACCAAAGUAUGAAUGAAACUGCGUCACAGGAGGAUGUCGCUCGUUUAAUCCAGUCCAUUCGGUUGCGAGAUGAGCGUAUCGUCACCGUGGAGUCUGAGCUGCGCCGUAUGGCGGAGGACUAUCGUCGGCUGAGAGAGGAGCUUCUGCCGGUUUUCAAGAUGGCCAAGGACCGUUCGCAACCGUUGCCCCCUCCCACAUCCAUGGCAAGUUCGGGCCCCGACGGAUACCACGAUAGUCAGCAGACGCUGGUGUCGCCUUCUGGGAUCACUCUCCUGGACCGCUCAGCUACCCUCUCUCGACAAAUUUCCAAAAGGCUUCACACGGGAGGCACCACCCCCAAGAACAAUUCCCCUACUCAUAUCCCACCCUCAAUUCAUGAAGGCCGUAUGUAUCACGACAAUGGCGUGCUAGACCCCUCAACGGCGCUCUACUCGAAUGGAAAGUCGCAGUUGUCUCCAGGAAUCCCGUCUCCCACCUCUCCAGGCGUCCACUAUACCGCAGCGCAGACUUUGGGGUCUCGAUCAUAUCAACCCACUUCCAACACUAGCCGUAGCCCCUACGACCACCACGACGACCCCUCAACAUCGCAAAACCGUGAACGCUUGAAUCCUACACCAACACAACCAAACCGUCCCGACAUCCCGACCCGAUCAGAUUCCAGAGCUGGCAAUGGUAGUGGCAAUGACCCGCCGAGCGUGGAAAUAUUCAAGUCAUUCCGUGUCUCCAUGGAGGAUCCCUGCUAUAAGGUUCUUCCCGCUGCAUUGAAGAAGUACAAUAUCAAUGCCGACUGGAAGCAAUAUGCACUGUAUAUUGUGUAUGGCGACCAAGAACGUUGUUUGGGCUUGGAAGAGCGGCCGCUCAUUCUCUUCAAGCAGCUGGAAAAGGAGGGACGGAAACCGAUGUUCAUGUUGCGAAAGCAACUGCAGCACCCCGAAAGCAGCUAUCCGCCAGUCAAUCCUGUGCCUAACAGUGCUGGAUUUGAAAGCAGACAGGCACAGAUCAAUUUACCCGGCGGAGUGCUGUGAUCUGUCUGUUAUGGGCGCCGUGGGACAUAUCUCCCCGCUGCAGCGUCAGCUCUAAAUGAGAUUCGUGACAUUGCUCUCUGUUGCUUGAGAUACCCCUUUCCAAGUAAUCACGUUUCAUCUUUUACCUUCUUCUUCUCAUCUUUCGGUGCCUUAAUUGCUCUUUUGACCUGAAAUCUUUAGUUUACAGGGUGUUUGGUGUUUGUGUCGGUGUUUGGGCA